GCGUUCCAGGUCUGGGGCUCCCAGCCCCGCGCGCAGCCCCGGCUCCGGAGAGCGUCAGCCCCGCACCGCGUUUUGUCGGCUCCAGCGGCGCGGCCGCCGCGGAUCCGAGUCUACUGGUGGGAAACCGCUUUCGACCAGGGCCGACCCUGCCUGAAUCCGCAUCCAUCGCCGCUGCCGUCCUCUUCUCUUCACUCCUCCACCCUCUCACCGACGCCACGGGACCUGGGGGACCGGUUGGCGUGUCUACACCAAGCAAGUGGAUCCGGGGUUCACCAGGUAAUUCUUGCUGCAGGAUGCAUUAAGAGAAGAGGAUCCUUACUCACUAGGCAUGGAGAGCAGCUUGUCAGCAUCCAGCAUGCAGGACCCUUCCUCCUCACCCUUGGAAAAACAGCAAAACUCAGCGAGUGGUAAUGGAGGUCUCGAUUCAGAAGAAGGCUCGAGCCUGGAGGAAAUUGGCUUUAACUGGGGAGAGUAUCUGGAAGAAACAGGUACCAGCGCAGCUCCUCACACGUCCUUCAAGCACGUUGAAAUCAGCCUUCAGAGCAAUUUCCAGCCGGGGAUGAAGUUGGAGGUGGCCAACAAGAACAACCCAGAUACGUACUGGGUGGCCACGGUCAUCACCACCUGUGGGCAGCUGCUGUUGCUACGUUACUGUGGUUACGGUGAGGACCGCCGGGCCGACUUCUGGUGUGACGUGGUGAUCGCGGACCUGCACCCUGUGGGUUGGUGCACGCAGAACAACAAGGCCUUGAUGCCCCCGGACGCAAUCAAAGAGAAGUACACAGACUGGACAGAAUUCCUCAUUCGUGAUUUGACUGGCUCCCGGACGGCACCUGCCAACCUCCUGGAAGGUCCUCUGCGAGGGAAAGGCCCUAUAGACCUCAUUACAGUUGAUUCCUUAAUAGAACUUCAGGAUUCUCAGAGCCCUUUUCAGUACUGGAUAGUUAGUGUGAUUGAAAAUGUUGGAGGAAGAUUACGCCUUCGCUAUGUGGGAUUGGAGGACACUGAAUCCUAUGACCAGUGGUUGUUUUACUUGGAUUACAGACUUCGACCAGUUGGUUGGUGUCAAGAGAAUAAAUACAGAAUGGACCCACCUUCAGAAAUCUAUCCUUUGAAGAUGGCGUCUGAGUGGAAAUGUGCUCUGGAAAAAUCCCUUACUGAUGCCGCACACUUUCCUCUUCCAAUGGAAGUAUUUAAGGAUCAUGCAGAUCUGCGAAGCCAUUUCUUCACAGUUGGGAUGAAGCUAGAAACAGUGAAUUUGAGCGAGCCCUUUCAUAUCUGUCCUGCAUCAGUGACCAAGGUUUUUAACAAUCAUUUUUUUCAAGUGACCAUUGACGACCUAAGACCAGAACCUAGUAGACUCUCAAUGCUGUGCCAUGCGGAUUCUUUGGGGAUUUUACCAGUACAGUGGUGCCUUAAAAACGGAGUCAAUCUCACCCCCCCCAAAGGUUACUCUGGCCAGGACUUCGACUGGGCAGAUUAUCACAAGCAGCAUGGGACAGAAGAAGCACCUCCCUUCUGCUUCAGAAAUACAUCAUUCAGUCGGGGUUUCACGAAGAACAUGAAACUUGAAGCCGUCAACCCCAGGAACCCAGGAGAGCUCUGCGUGGCCUCUGUUGUCAGUGUGAAGGGGAGGCUGAUGUGGCUUCACCUGGAAGGUCUGCAGACUCCUACUCCAGAGUUCAUUGUCGACGUGGAGUCCAUGGACAUCUUCCCCGUGGGCUGGUGCGAAGCCAACUCUUACCCUCUGACCACACCACACAAAACAGUCUCACAAAAGAAAAGAAAGAUUGCAGUUGUGCAGCCAGAAAAACAAUUGCCAUCCACAGUGCCUGUUGAGAAGAUACCUCAUGACCUUUGUUUAUUCUCUCACCUGGACACCUCAGGUACUGUCAACGGAAAAUACUGCUGUCCUCAGCUUUUUAUCAACCACAGGUGUUUCUCAGGCCCUUACCUGAACAAAGGGAGAAUCGCAGAGCUACCUCAGUCGGUGGGACCAGGCAAAUGUGUGCUGGUUCUGAAAGAGGUUCUUAGCAUGAUAAUCAAUGCAGCUUACAAGCCUGGAAGGGUAUUGAGAGAAUUACAGCUGGUGGAAGAUCCACACUGGAAUUUUCAGGAGGAGACGCUGAAGGCAAAGUACAGAGGCAAGACGUACCGGGCUGUGGCCAAGAUUGUGCGGACAUCGGACCAGGUAGCAGAUUUCUGCCGGCGGGUCUGUGCCAAGCUGGAGUGCUGCCCAAAUUUGUUCAGUCCCGUGCUGGUUUCGGAGAACUGCCCAGAGAACUGCUCCAUUCACACCAAAACCAAGUACACCUAUUACUAUGGGAAGAGAAAGAAGAUCGUGAAGCCCCCGAUCGGGGAAGCCAGCACUGAGAGCGGACACCCGAAGCCAGCCAGACGUAGGAAGCGGCGGAAGUCCAUCUUUGUGCAGAAGAAGCGGAGGUCUUCUGCCGUGGACUUGGCCGCAGGCUCGGGGGAGGACAGCGAGGAUGCAGAUGCCAUGGAUGAGGGCACCGAGAGUGAGGAAACCAGCUCCGAGCUCCGCGAUGACCACACAGACACCUCUUCGGCCGAGGUCCCCUCUGCGCGGCCCCGGAGGGCCGUCACCCUGAGGAGCAGCUCCGAGCCUGAGCGCCGGCCACCCGUGGAGAGGCCACGGCGGGGCCGGAGGGCGCAGGCCGCCUCGUGUGCCGAGGGGGCAGAGCAGGGCGCGGCCACCGGCCAGGACGCAGCGGGGGACCCGAAGCAGGAGGAAGAGGAGAGGCUCGUUCUGGAGAGCAACCCAUUGGAGUGGACGGUGACCGAUGUGGUGAGGUUCAUCAAGCUGACGGACUGUGCCCCCCUGGCCAAGAUAUUUCAGGAACAGGACAUUGAUGGGCAGGCACUGCUGUUGCUGACUCUCCCCACGGUGCAGGAGUGCAUGGAGCUGAAGCUGGGGCCCGCCAUCAAGCUGUGCCAUCAGAUCGAGCGAGUUAAAGUGGCUUUCUACGCCCAGUACGCCAACUGAUGCUGCCCUCUUGGGAGCUGACCCAGCGUCGUGGUGAUGCGGCGUCGUGGGAAGGUUUGGGGACCGACGCUUUAUUUCUUGGGUGAUAAGAGCUGGUACAUACAACUGAGUAGCAGCGAAAAGCAAGAAGCACGGACCUCUUCACCCUCCAGCCUGCGUGAUAGUACCCCGUUUUCAAGGACACCCAGUGCCACGGUGGUGGCUCCUGGAGUGGUGGGCACUGCGGGAAAUGGAAGAGCGUCUCUGUACGUCCACGUCUUGCCUUUCUCCCUCGGAAACCAGGCAGCUCCCUGUGAAGGGCUUUCCUCAGACACGGCCCACUUUGCUUUGAAAGCGAAGGCACAGUUGAUGUCUUUUCUGAAUGUGCCCAGGGAGGACACGGGCUGGUGGUUUUGCUCUGGUCGUUCCAGACGCUUCUUCCGUGACAACGCCCAAGGGGCCGUGGCUGCGUGGCUCUCAGUUUGAUCUUGGUGGCAACUUAGUUCUCAGACACACUUGUUGCAGGAUGCGGUUAUAAAAGGAUGGGCUAGACCUGCAUCACCUGUCACAGGUGCCUUUUAGGAAGUGGGGGGGCGUGAAGGCAGGCGGCAUGUUGCAAGGAGACCGUUCUUCCCGAGUGACAGACAUCCAGAGCCUGUGGAGAGUUCCGUUUGCAGUCUUUUAUAGAACUUCACAUAUUGCUCACUUUCUCAUUUAAUUGUGACCAGAUCAGGGAGUGAUUCCUUUAGUCUGUUGGGAAAUGCUGAGCUGUGUAUUGAAGGAAAAGUUUAACGUCAGAGACGAGUGGGAAGAAGCUUCGGGAAGCUUUUAAUAAACCAGCUGUGUCCCCGUAGAAGGAUCCUGCAGUGAGUCUGUCGGUGAGACUGGCUUUGAGUGCCACUCGGAUCAGCCCGGCCCUGGGACGUCCGACGGGAAGCAGGGCAGCCACCUGGCUCAGCCCUGCUCUUCUGCUGGCCCGGCUGACGGCCCCCUGUGAUCCUGGAUGACCACAUCACUCUGGAGCCUCUCGUCCGCCUCCUGCUAAGGGAAGAGUCUCGAUCCGCCAAUGUGAGACAUCGUAGGUGAGAAAGAAUCACAUCAGCACAGUGUUUACUGUUUCCGGCAGCCCACUCUGGCUUGGAAGGUGCCAGUGACGUUUCUUGGGCAGUUUUCGUUAAAUCGGUGAAGCCGCUUGUAGAGAGAUCUGCGACUCUUGAGCAUUGGCUGGGUUUUUUUUUUUUUUUUUUUUUUGGUACCAAGCACUUCAUCUGCGUAUGCCUGUGAGGGACCCGGUGUGCUCACUCCAACCUGAAUGGGCGGCCCUCCUCCGUUGGGAAGCGUCCAAAUGCCUUUCGACACACGUGCAAGGAAACCAGACCUUGAGAGUGUCUGGACAUGGACGUGGAGAGGAGCCCGGCCUUCUGCUGCUCUUGUGCUGUAAUUACCUUGAUCUUUUCUCCUCGAUCGGUCUCCACUGCUGGUGGGCCGUCAUGGGGUGGGCUGCUGAGCGGUCCUGUUUCUGCACACAUUGUAAAGCAUGAUUAUCUGUCAGAUUUUGCCAAGUUUGAUGACUAACGCCAACCUUUAUUCACAGUCUGUCCCUGUCAACAGAUGCAAAUGGAAAACCGAUUUUGCCAGGUGAGUUUUUCCUCUCCACCCUAGCUGAUUUCUCCCACCAAGUUGGAGGUGUUUGGCAAGUGGGUUUGCCUGGGGACCUGUGCCGGAAGGACCAGCGCCCCACACCGGGAGCUCCCGUGGUGACUCGUGCGUGGCUCGCGGUCGGGGCUUCUGUGUCCCCACACCGAGGGGUCCGCCACCUCCUGGGUUCCCACUCCCUGCCUUCUCAGCCACAUACUUUUAGCCCUACACGCCCAGCCCGUGGAGCCGACUGGAAAGGGAUCCAUUUCAAGAUCUGUGGCAUUUUCCCUGCGCUGACUCGCUCGUGACCCUUCGCUGUGGCCUUUUCAAGCUGAGCUAUUCCUGUCGCAUCUGAAACUGGAGCGAGGGGGUGUGGUGGCUGCAGCGUGACGUUGUACUUUCAGAACGGAUGUCCCCUCCUCGUGCCCUUUCAAGGAAAGGCGUGAGGGAGGAGGUGCUACACGGGAUGAGGCAGAUCUUGCAGGCGUCCCUGGAGCUGGAAGGCCCCCCCUUGGCAGCCCGGGCAAGACACGGCCACCGUUGCUGGGGACGCUUCCUCCUUCCAUGUGCCCGACACCUCCUUGUCCUCAGUCCCUCUCUGUGCGGUGAUCUGUCACUUCACCCACGUCCACGUAAUGGUGCGUGGUCAGCAAGACGUGGCCGGGGCCAGAGGCAGAAGGCCCGGCUCCGGGGUAACCAUCACGAAGGUCCUGUGUGUGUCCCCUCCUGGCCCUCCAAGAGCCAAGAAACCUUUCAGGGCCAAGAAGAUGCUUUUGCCGUGAGCGUCGCCACCGUCCUCCUGAACUUGGAUUCUUUGGGGGAUUUCCACUGGUGGGUGUACUUCCUGUUGGUAGCAAGUUGGCAACGGAAUGGUGAGGUGGUCUUCGUUCCUCUGUAGGAUUCACCUCACGUCAGCUUCUGUCUUAUCAGUAGGGCCAAUUUCCAAGGCACAUUUUACCGUCUUGUUACUGUGUCUCUUGAGGCAGGAAAUGCUGAUUUUACACCUCUACCCACCGCCCCCCCCCAGUACCACCACAGCACCAGCCGAACGUUUCUCGGUUGAAAUGCCAGCAAGUGACGCCUCUCCCCCGUUUCUCUGUCCCCAGACACUUCAGUCUCUGCUCUGUCUCUAGGAUGAUACUUCGGGACCAGAGUCCUGUCUUCUGCAUAGCCAGGUCCUGCAUACAACACGCCGCUCUUUACCUCCCGUAGCUGGUCGAGAAGCGUGUCUUCCUCUCCUGCCCAAGCGGACACUUGGCAUUCUGUACAAUGUGUAUAACUUGAGAAGCAGAAAUGCGGCCUUGUCCGUAGUGGUGACAGUCAUCACGCAAUCCCAUCCAGAAACUAAGGGAGCUGGUUUGGCCCCUGCCCUCUUGACUGCAUCUGUACUGUGUUGGGAAACUGUCCUACCCACAACGCUAUAAACCUAAAAAAAGCAGGUACGGCUGGCAUUGCAAAUGAACUUCUUUGCAUUUCCAAAACAAAAACAAAACAAAACAAAACAAAAAACAACCAAAAAAGGAAAAUGGAAACCAGUUUCCUUCAAGUUGCAUCAUCCAGAGAACUCAUCCAUCGCUUUUAAAAUUAGGUUCAUUUGAUCAAAGUUUGACUCACACACAGUGUUUGGGCUGUGCAGCGAUUAGGUUGCUUUCCCUUAUUUGAUCAUAUUUGAAAGAGUAUUUCCUGUGUUUGCUUUCAUUGGUUCCUCAGUACAUUAAAAUGACUCAAACCUUUGACCCUGCCCCUUCUGACCCUCGCUAUAAUCUCUGGAAAGUUGGUUUGGAUCAGUCUUUGAAGCUUGGUCUGAGUGUCCUGACUCGUCUCUUAGAGUGCUGAGUGUUGUAUCAAGCAAGUUCUGAGAUUUGCCUUUUAUCUUAGACCAGACACCUCUCUAGGAGCCGUUCUCCCUUCGUUUUGCAAGCACUAGGGGUUUUUGUAACUUCUUACGUAGAACACCCAUUUAUGUUUAUUUCUGUAUAUAGAACUAUAAAAACUGUAUCGUUAAAAUCUUUGUUGUGGUUUGAGCACCAUUGUUGCUUUUUGGUUAAGGUGGUGAAUCUAGGAUCCAAGUAUUCGAUUCUGUCUUUAGAAAGCUGUGAUCGCGUGUGCAAUUAUUUCUGAAGGAAAAGAUAGUAAAUUUAGGUCUCUGUAGUUUUUAAGGAAGCAAUCGUGGAAGAGAUAUACAUACACUGCCCGUUGUGUUUUGGUGCAAUAACGAAUAGCAAGGAGAAGCUCUGUCUUCAACUAUGACAAUGUAAUGAUUCUCUUACUCGUUUCCUGUUCUUUUCUGUUCAAGAGUUUUCUGGAAAUGGCUUUCGUCCCUUUAACUUGGUUGAAUAUUUCAGUUGAUUCUCAUAGCUUUCAUCACUAGAGUUGGUUUACAAGUAUUCCAAAACACGAAUGCGAUAAAAUCGAAUUGUGCUAGUUUUGACCCCCUGAAUUUACCUAAGAAGUGUAAUUGCUGACACAUGAUGCUGCUUUGGGUUUUGGUUAAAAGCAUCUCUAGUUCAGUUGGUAAGAACUAACCCAAACAAUUUCCUCAGCGGUGGUCUUUCCAUCUUCCUGGUUGGUUUUAAAUGCUGAGGAUUCUGUACCAGCGAGCAUGUCAGUCUUAGGCAACCAAGCCAGAGUGGUGCUCCCGUGGGCCUGGCGGAUACCCUGAAGAAAAAGUAAAGUUCUGGGACCAGUGUUUGCUGAAAAUCGGCUUAUGAUGGGAAAUUGGAAAUAAUUUUUUUUAAAUGACAGAAGAAAGAAAUCAUCUCAUUUUUGUUCACGAUGGGAGCUAGCAUGAUAUCCAGAAGCAUAAACUAUCCCUAGUCGUGAAUGUCAGAAGCCCUUUUACUGUUUUGCAUUCCAGUUUGAGUAGUUUGUAUUGAAAUCUGAUUCAUAUCUUGUGUACGUUGCAGUGUGUUAAAGGAAAAAAUCGUGUUCUUACUUUUGGAAUUUGCAGGACAAAGGGCAUGUUGUUGGUUUGCUGGAGGAUUGUAUUCUGUAUAUAUGUUUUCAUGUAAAUAAAUGAAAAUCUAUAUCAGAGUUAUAUUUUAAUUUUUAUUCUAAAUGAAAAGAAACCCUUUUUACUUGAAAAAGUUGUAAGCCACAUUGUUAAUAAAGUAAAAUGAGUUCUA